AUUUCUUCCCCCUCAACCCCGGCUGUUAGUGCUGUGUGAGUGCGUGUGUGCUCCUGAGCUCGCUCGGCACACAUUCUAUAAAAAAAAUAAAAAUACAAAAAAAAUUCAAAAACAUUAAAAACGCCAAAAAAUCAUUUUUUUUUUCUUUUGUAACAAAAUCGGUGAAGCUGGAGUAGACAUUCGAGGACUGGACGGUAACAAGGGGCGAAAUCGAACGACAAAUUUUCUUCAAUCGACGUCUGUUGCUGGUUCACUAAGAAGCAAGGCCAAGUAGAUUUGCUUUUGUUUUUGUGGUUAAUUUUGAACGACAACGUUUUAAUCACACUAGAAAUUAUAAACUAUAUCAUUUUAACAAUUAAUAUAUUCAUCUAAUAAAAAUUCACUUUUAAAAUACCGCAGUUGUCAAGUCAACGGUUGCUAACCAUCCGGAUCGAAUCUGCUCCGAACUAGCUUGACAGCUUACCGUUAGAAGAAGCGUUCGCAUUCAUUUAAAACUUUACGCGUAGUCCCAGUUAACUUACUUUGCUAGAGCUCUACAGCCAACGAAAAUGAACCCCAGUGCUCCCAGUUAUCCUAUGGCCUCCCUGUACGUCGGGGACCUGCAUCAAGAUGUGACCGAGGCCAUGCUGUACGAGAAAUUCAGCCCUGCCGGAGCUAUCCUCUCGAUUAGGGUUUGCAGAGACAUGAUCACACGACGCUCCCUUGGAUACGCCUAUGUGAACUUCCAACAGCCGGCGGACGCUGAGCGUGCACUGGACACCAUGAAUUUUGAUGUGAUAAAGGGGCGGCCGGUGCGUAUUAUGUGGUCCCAGCGAGACCCCUCGCUGAGAAAGAGUGGCGUGGGAAACAUUUUCAUCAAGAACCUUGACAAGUCCAUCGACAACAAGGCCCUAUACGAUACUUUCUCUGCUUUUGGCAACAUCCUCUCAUGCAAGGUGGUUUGUGACGAGAAUGGCUCUAAAGGCUACGGCUUUGUGCACUUUGAGACUCAGGAGGCAGCCGAGCGAGCCAUUGAAAAAAUGAAUGGCAUGUUGCUCAAUGACCGAAAAGUAUUUGUGGGUCGCUUCAAAUCUCGCAAAGAACGCGAAGCUGAACUGGGUGCCCGAGCCAAGGAAUUCACAAAUGUCUACAUAAAAAAUUUUGGUGAAGACAUGGACGAUGAGAAGCUGAGGGAAGUCUUCAGUAAAUAUGGGAAUGCCAUGAGUAUUCGUGUCAUGACAGACGACAGUGGAAAAUCUCGAGGUUUCGGUUUUGUCAGCUUUGAGAGGCACGAAGACGCCCAAAAGGCAGUGGAUGAGAUGAAUGGCAAGGAGUUGAAUGGCAAGCUGAUCUAUGUAGGCCGUGCCCAGAAGAAGGUGGAGCGACAGACCGAACUCAAACGCAAAUUUGAGCAAAUGAAACAAGACCGCAUGACUCGCUACCAGGGUGUCAACUUGUAUGUGAAGAACCUGGAUGAUGGAAUUGAUGAUGAACGCCUCCGAAAGGAGUUCACACCAUUCGGCACAAUAACCAGUGCCAAGGUCAUGAUGGAAGGUGGGCGCAGCAAAGGCUUUGGCUUUGUUUGCUUCUCAUCCCCUGAGGAAGCCACUAAAGCGGUGACAGAAAUGAAUGGGCGCAUCGUAGCCACCAAGCCGCUGUACGUGGCCUUAGCUCAGCGGAAAGAGGAGCGUCAAGCCCACCUGACCAACCAGUACAUGCAACGUAUGGCCAGUGUGCGUGCAGUGCCAAACCCUGUCAUCAAUCCCUACCAGCCAGCACCACCUUCGGGCUACUUCAUGGCAGCCAUACCCCAAGCCCAGAAUCGCGCCGCUUACUAUCCGGCCGCUGGCCAAAUGGCCCAGCUCCGCCCCAGCCCACGCUGGGCCACACAAGGGGUCCGGCCACAACACUUCCAGAACAUGCCGGGUGCCAUGCGUCCCUCAGCCCCACGCCCUCAGACCUUCAGUACCAUGAGGCCUGCUUCACAAGUACCCCGCAUGAUGUCCACUCAGCGUGUCGCUCAGACCAUGGGUCCCCGUCCCACUACAGCAGCUGCUGCAGCAGCUCCUCCUGUGCGUGGGGUUCCCCAGUACAAGUAUGCUGCGGGGGUUCGCAAUCCCCAACAGCACAUAACUACUCAGCCUCAAGUCACCAUGCAGCAACCUGCUGUUCACGUGCAGGGACAGGAGCCUCUAACAGCCUCCAUGCUGGCUGCUGCUCCACCACAGGAACAGAAGCAGAUGCUGGGUGAGCGUCUGUUCCCACUGAUCCAGAACAUGCAUCCAAGCCUGGCAGGGAAGAUCACCGGCAUGCUGCUGGAGAUUGACAACUCAGAAUUGCUCCACAUGCUGGAGUCCCCAGAGUCUCUCCGCUCAAAGGUGGAUGAGGCAGUGGCUGUGCUUCAGGCUCACCAGGCCAAGGAGGCUGCCCAGAAGACUGUGACCAAUUCAACUGGGGUCCCAAGUGUCUAAACCCAAGGAAUGGGGAACCUUGAGACUAGCUUCACCGAUGGGAGAAAAGAAUUAAACAUUGAAAAAAAUAAAAAUACACAAAACAAAGUAAAAAGAAGUCAAAUAAUAUCAAAAAAAGGAAGGAACUCUCCAGCCGGGCCUAGAGAACCAAAUGCUAGGUCUUGUUCGUUUAAGUUUAAAAGAAAAAAAAAAAGUAGAAAAAUACAUAAAAAAAGGAAAAAGUUAAAACAAAAAAUGGAUGAAUAUGGGUUUUUUAGAAGUGAAUUCCAUGAGAAGUGAGAUUAAUGAAAGCAUUCCUCUCUGGCAUUUUAUCCCUUUUAAAUGUUUGAAUGUUUGGGCUGUGGUAGAAAUACUAGGACAGCCUCCAUUGUGAAAUUUCCCUUGACCUUUUGCUUGCUUGAAUAAAACUCAAAAAACA